AUGGAAUAUGUCGGUGACUUAAUAAAAAACAUUGUUCGAAGUGAGAGGGUUUAUUAUCGUCAGUUGAUACAAUACAGCCUGCAGCAAAUGAUGCUGUUUCCUUAUCACCUUCAGCGGAAAAUUGUCGCGGGUUUGAGGAUAACUCCUUUCGAGUACUACAAGAUUAUCGUCCAUCGUACAAUGCUGUCCGAAUUAUCAUACGAUCGGAUUCCAAACUUUACUGCAGCCGACUGUUACCAGACACUUGGAAUUGGCAGAAAUGAAUACAUUGACCUUUUGAAUGUUUAUAAAGGAAAACUAUGUUCAUCUCGGCCAAAUACUCCUGAGUCGUCUUCUUCCAUUCUUGACGAAUUACUCCCAAAAUAUCCUCUAAAUUGCAAGCAUUUAGAGCCAUGGUUCAUAGUAAGGACAGGAGCAGUUAGUGUAGAUGAUGUCAGGGCCCAAACACACGAUGUGCAAGCUGUUCUCGACCGAAUUAUCGAUAAUUGUGUCGUGGACGAAGGCAAUAUCGGCUCAGGCCUCCAAUUGUCUGAAAUUCCAAUCGACAUAUUUCGUGAGCUGUACCGACAAGGACUUAUUUAUGUUGACGUGCCCAUCCGCGAAACGGACUGCCUUUUUGUUCCCACACUGGAUGGCUUCAUAAUGAAUCGCGUCACAGGUGAUAGUUGUGAGACAAUGCUUUAUAAGAUAUUUCUUUCAAUCGACGCUCAUUCCUCUGUAAGCCAACUCGCUGCUGACUUGGGUGUUGGAACACAAUUUGUAAUAAACGCCGCGUCACUGUUUGUCCGCCUGGGUUUCGCUCAAAGAGUCGAACCCCCUCCUCACAAACCAUCUUCAGAGCACUCCGAAGACACUGCUUCUCUUAUUUCUGAUCCUGCGUCUGCCAUCGAGACAAAAAAAGUCGCCUUCAUCUUCGAUUCAACCAUAACUGCAUAUCUUAUGCUGGGAAAUCUUUCGGCUGAUUUGAAGAAACAUUCUGUGACGAUGUUUGAAGUUGGCAAACUAACAGGUGACUCCUUAAGUGCCUUCUAUCGAGAGCUUGCCUCCCUCUCAUAUUCUGCCGAGCAAGAUGUCGGAGUUUAUUACGAGCAUGCCAAAUGCUUGGGUCAGACAAUACGUCAUAUUUCUGGCGCCUUAACCCCCAACGAAAUUGAUUUCCGGUGGUUGGAUCUAGUAAGGUGUGGUUCGCUGGGCUCAUUAGAGCCAGCCACGCGUGCCAGAAUUCUGUCAAAAAAUUACAGCCUUCUUUACUGCAUGGCUCCGUUAUCUUAUGAAGCAUCGAGGUUGUUUGGUAAUGACUGGCCUCUAACAGUAGGGCCCCCUGUUGCUGAAAUAAGCUCUCCUUGGUUUCGCUUGUUUGUUGCGCAUGCAGCUGGUAUUGGUGAUCCUAAACACCACUCGUCUAGCAUGCCAGCACUUCUCCUAUGCCGUGGAACUCGGGUGACUAGACUUCCUCGCUCGUUGUCGUGCUACUCCCAUUUCCUUGUUACUUCUUGGGGAAACGAUCCUGUAGUAAUGGACGUAUACACACUCUUCUAUUCUAUCAACGACCUUACAAUGAACACCCAUGUUUUUAUUCAGGCUUACGAUGAUCGUGAAAAAGGGACUCCACUCCAUCAACACUUCCUUCCUCUUCCCAUAUCAAACGAAUUCUUGUCGAAAAACGGCAGCCGGCUUCCGUGGUUAAACAGCGUCCAAGAAGAAGUGGAUCUAACCUCGCUCGUUGGAUAUUUAUCGCUCCUUCUUCCAGAUGGGAUGAAUGAAGUUGACUCAGAAUCGGAUAACACCAUGGGCACAGUGGUUGAACUCAGCACAUUUGGCAGUGGAAAUCCAUACCAGCAAAACACGUCUCAAUUUCUCGAACACUCUGUCGUCGAUCCACGCGUUGUGCUUUCUGAGGACACGCUUGAGGAAAUCCUCGACGCCAGUCGACCAAUUUGUCUCCUCAACCUCCACCUGGGAAUACCUCUCUUCAACUCGGCACUGAAUGACGCAGUCUUCGCCAACCUCUCACGCCGCAGUCCGCAUGUCAACUUACUGUCGCCUGAAAUGCGCGAGCGUCUAGCGGCGGCCAACAAAUCACUCCAAGACCGCCUAAGGCAAUUCAUCGAAUUCGUCGGCGGUGUUUACGUAAGUGGACUAUCUGCGACCGGAUCAGAAGACAGUGUUUCAGAGAAAAUCCUAUUGGCCUCCCCACUUCCAAUGCCCUCCAAAUCAAUUUGCUGGUCCCUCGAGGGCCAAUUAGAGGAGUGGGACAACUAG